AUGAAGGAGUUGAAUCCGAACUACUUUUACACAGUGAAUUUAAAUGAGGAUAACAAGUUUAUGAGUGCAGUUUGGGUUGAUGCAAGGUGUAGGGCAUCUUAUGAAUACUACGGAGAUGUGGUCUCAUUUGAUACCACAUACAACACGAACUGGCAUGGAUUGCCGUUUGCUGCUUUCAUUGGUAUGAACCACCAUGGUAAGUCUACUUUGCUAGGCUGCGCUCUGCUAGGCAGUGAAGAGAUCUCGAGUUUUGAGUGGGUAUUCACACAAUGGCUGGAGUGCAUGGGAACGGCACCGAAGGACAUCAUCACAGACCAAUGCAAGUCUAUGUUUGGUACAAUUAACAAGGUCCUGCCCAAUACACGACACUGGUGGUGCAUAUGGCAUAUAACAAAAAAGAUACACAACAAGCUUGGAGGUUAUUCUAGGUUCAAAGAGUUGAAUGCUGAGUUGAAUCACAUUAUAUGGAACUCUAAGUCGGUUGAGGAUUUCGAGGAUCAUUGGGCUGAGUUCAUUGAUGAGUUCAACUUACAUCACAACAGAUGGCUAUUAGAUCUGUUUGAGGACCGACACAUGUGGGUGCCUAUCUUUUUCAAGGGUCAAUUCUGGACUUACAUGAGGAGUACGCAGAGGAGUAAGGGUAUGCAUUCAUUCUUUGGUGGAUACUUAAAUUGUAAGAAUAGUUUGGUCCAGUUCGUCCACGAGUUAGACAAUGUCCUAGGAACGAAGGAGCAGAAGGAACUAGAGGACGAUACUGCAGACUCGAGAGGUCUAAUCCCAUGUUCAACUAGAUCAGCCAUCGAGAGACGAUUUCAAAAAGAGUAUACCAACGAGAUGUUUAGGGAUGUCAAAACGGAGUUUGGCAAGAAGGCUGAUUGUACUAUUCAUGCCGUGGAUGAACAGGGCGACUCGGCUAGGGUAAAAGUGGAAGAGGAAAUACUAGUCUAUAAGACGACACCGAAAUUACUUUCAUCUUACAAAGUUAAUGAGAUGCCUUCCUGCUAUGUUUUACCUCGUUGGAGCAAGAACAUAAAGCGCAAGAACACCUACAUUAAGAGUAGCCACGACGUUAGAUGUUCAAAUGAAAGCCACAACAUAUUCAGAGGGUUGUGUGCACAUUUCUACAACGUUGCGCAGGAAUUCGUGGACUGUGAUGAUGAGGCAGACAUGCUGCAUAAUGUUCUGGAGGAUGCAAGGGCCAAGCUAGUAGAUUACUGUGGCAGGAUGCAGAAUAACACUGUCGCUACUACACACAAUAGCAUCGUCACUGACCCUUCAACCAUUUUCGGCACAGAGGACAUUCAGGCCCCAUCAAAGGAUAAUCCUGUAGAAUCUGCUGCAAAUCAAGAUUCGGAGGCUUCCGCUCAGCAGAUUGCUAAGCAAGGACUUGGUGGAUUCAUGUUGCUGUUAAACUCCUUUGACAAUACCUAG